GAGCUGUUGAACCCCUGCCGGUGUGACGGGUCAGUUCGGUAUACGCAUCAGCUUUGCCUGCUAAAGUGGAUCAGUGAGAGGGGUUCCUGGACCUGUGAACUCUGCUGUUACAGAUACCAUGUCAUAGCCAUUAAAAUGAAACAACCUUGCCAGUGGCAAAGCAUUUCUAUAACACUGGUUGAGAAAGUUCAGAUGAUUGCUGUAAUCCUAGGAUCCCUGUUCUUAAUAGCGAGUGUGACCUGGCUCCUCUGGUCCGCCUUCAGCCCCUAUGCAGUGUGGCAGAGGAAGGACAUCCUUUUUCAAAUCUGCUAUGGAAUGUAUGGUUUUAUGGAUCUAGUGUGCAUAGGUCUCAUUGUCCAUGAAGGAGCAGCAGUUUACAGAGUGUUUAAGCGCUGGCGAGCUGUUAACUUACACUGGGAUGUAUUAAAUUAUGACAAAGCCACAGACAUCGAAGAAAGUAGUCGGGGAGAGUCUUCUACAAGCAGGACUUUAUGGUUGCCGUUGACGGCGCUGCGGAACAGGAACUUAGUCCACCCCACGCAGCUAACCUCCCCUAGGUUUCAGUGUGGCUACGUAUUAUUACACCUAUUCAACCGAAUGAGGCCCCACGAAGAUCUGUCAGAAGAUAACAGCUCAGGAGAAGUUGUGAUGAGAGUGACUUCAGUGUGACAAGAGUAUCUGAUGGAGCAGUGGGGACCACCCUGCACAUUUAGGAAUGUAAUUGCAAUGAAUGGCAAAACCAUAACACUUCUAAAAACACAUCUAUGAACUUUUUAAAGUUUAUGCUUUUUAUAUGAACAUUUGAAUUGCAAAUACAUUUUUCUGAAAAAAAAAAAAAAAAAGUCCUCUUGUUGUUUGCUUUCUGAUUUAUCACACAUUUUAUAAGUUGAUACUUGAAAUCAUUAUACGUAUAAUUUAACUCUACUUGGCUAAAAGAAUGAUGAAAGUUAUCCUUGAGUCCAAAACUAUUUUUUUCUUGCUUGUUUUAAAUAUAUUUUUAUCAAA